AAAAAAAUUAUUCAAACCGAUUAAUCGAUUAUCAAAAUAGCUGUUGAUUAAUUUAAUAGUUGACUACUAAUUGAUUAAUCGUUGCAGCUACUUAUACAUAAAUAUAAGUGAUCUAAAUAACUGAAAUUCAUAGCAAAAUAUAAUCUACAUCCAUGGAAUCAGGUUAUUUUGAACUUCAAGGAUCCCUCCUCAGAUGUUUUUUUUUUUUAUGACCAUGUUUUUUUUAACGCUCACCUUGAAACUGAAAUCCUCUCAGUCUGGCAACCAUCCACGACCUGGAGUUUUAAGCUUGGUGUGAUGUCUGGUCUGGUGUGGGAAUUGCGACACCUUCUUUGCGUUAAAACACAGGUGAGAACUGGCAGCUAUGUAUAUAAAAGACUCCCUCCGUCACACUGACAAAAGCACUGACAGCAAGGUUACCAUUUGGAACCUUGGACCAUACCACCAGACAAAGAUUUUUUUUUGCUAACUUUUGCUGUAACUUUUUUAGUUGCUUAGUCAGUUUUUGAACAAAUUGCGUAACUUCUAUUUUGAGAGCCAUCCCUUUUUGUGUCAAAGAAUGGCUUCCCCUAUCAGCCUGGUCUUUUUGUCAAGUUGGACAGCUGUAGCUUUUACAUUCCCUCACCAUACUCUUGACAACAUUAUCAAAGGGUCAAGAGUCGAAUUUGAAUCAUCUGGCGGCGGACCAGACAAACCUGUCCGGGGAAUAGUGAAGGUUGUGCAGCUGGACCCUCGCGCCCUGGCCCAGUCAGGGCUCUUCAGAGGAGGACUGACCCCCAGAAGAGCCCCCUCAGCCCUCAGCUCCAGAUUGUCCUUCCCUGCUUUCUUGUCUCAAGGGCGUCCAGGUCCGGCCCCGGCCCUCAAGACCCCAGUGAGUCCGCUGCAUCUCCUGCGCCAUAAAAGCCCCACAGAGAUGGACCUAAAGAAGAGACAAGGCCUGCAGAUGUGGCAGAGAGCCAUGAAUAAAGGAGAGAAAACAAGCGUGUCCCUGCCAGUCAACCUGAAAGACACCAAACAGACGUGCACUGCGGUACCAUUCACUCAGCGCGUGACAGCAGACGGAUGCGACACAGUAACGGUGCACAACAAGCUAUGUUUCGGCCAGUGCAGCUCCCUGUUUGUCCCGUCCGAAGGGGAGUUUGGUACUGGGACAGGGGCCCUCCACCACCGGGCCCCCUGCUCCCGUUGCGCCCCGUCCAAAGCUCACACUGUGACCGUGCCCCUGCGCUGCGGAACCAAGGUCCGGGAGAGGCGAGUGAUGCUGGUGGAGGAGUGCAAGUGUGAGACGAGCCGAGAGGAAAAGAGCGCCGAGGCUGCAGCUUCCACACACCUGUAGGCCAAGAUGUGGACUUUAUUUUUUUAUAAAUUAUUGAGACACUUGUAAUGUAUAUUUACAUAUGUAUCUGUGCAUUUGUUUAUGAGUCUGAAUGUGUUAUUCAGAGUAAAUUAUUCUGGUGGUUUAUUUAUUCCACCUGUGAUUAAUGACAAAAUGACCUAUAUUUUGGUCAUGCAAUUUUCUGUUGCAACAGAUGGAGCUGUCCACACUGGACUUGUGUUACUGUUUAAAAAAAUGUGUUUAGAUUAAUCUAAACUGAAAUAUUGUGAUCUGUAAUAUUGUCAUUAAAAUGCCC